AUGUCUGCGUGUCCAGCAACAGCUGACACUGUCUUCGGCCCCAGGGUCGAUGUCGCCUGUCGCACCUUCGACUUCACCUUUUACUUCGAGGAUGCCUUUCUUGCCUUCUUGCCAUCUGCGAUAUUCAUCUCGCUGCUGCCCGUGGCACUAUGGCAGCUCCGAUCGCGAUCUCGCAGAGUAAAGCGAUCGGUACUGCUAUCUUGCAAGCUGGUAGCACUGAUUGCGCUUCUAGUCAGCCAGCUCGCCUUUGUGCUCGUCCGACAGUUGAAACUCUCCCAUCUGCACAAUAAAAUGUCGAUUCCGGCGGAUGUUCUCGAAUUGCUUGCGAUUACCGGUGCUAUUGCGCUGUCAUCGCUCCACCACACUCGCUCAAUCCGUCCAUCGACUCUGCUCGUCUGCUUCCUCUCGGCGAGAUCACUCUUAGGCAUUGCCCGCGUUCGCACCCUCUGGCUCAUACCAAAUGCAACCCGCGCGGCAGUCCCCUUUACUUUGAGUGUUACAUUGAUCCUAUUGUCGACAGUUCUUGAGUCGAUAGGGAAGGAAUCCGCCCUUGUCAAAGCAUCCGAGAAACCUGCAACACCAGAACCAUUCAGUGGCUUUUGGAAGCGCGCUGCAUUCGCCUGGCUAACGGGAACAUUCAGAAAUGGUUACAGCAAGGUCAUCUCCGUGCAGGACUUACCAGAACUCGACCCCAAGCUAGACAGCGAGGUCGUGGGGGCCCAGCUACAGGCAGUCUGGGCGCGCGCUGAUAAAAGGGCUGCCCAUGCGCUGCUUCGCGCAUGUUUGACUGCAUAUCGGUCUCCCCUGCUUACGGCUGCCCUGCCGCGUCUGAUGAAGACCGGCUUUACCUUUUGCCAGCCGUUUCUGAUCGAUGCGGCUGUCUCGUGGGUCGGCAAUCCGAAUUCCCCCAUGGACUCUGGGAGAGCACUGAUUGGGGCUUUUGCGCUGGUUUAUGUGGGACAGGCGGUGUCUACGAGCCUAUAUGGCUAUCAGACAGCGCGAUAUACCAUCCGCUUGCGAGGGGGCCUGAUAGCGCUCGUUCACCGGCAAACUGUCAACACCCGCGCAGUGGAUCUCGGGGAGAGCACGGCAAUCACACUCAUGGGUACAGAUGUAGAACGUAUCGUGUCUGGGUCCAGAGUGACUCAUGAGUUGUGGGCGUCUCUACUCGAAAUAGCGAUUGCCAUUUACCUCCUCGAGAGGCAGGUUGGUGUUGCGUGCCUUGUUCCUGCCGUGAUCGUGCUUGUCUUCGUAGCCGCCACCUUCAAGGUAUCAGGUGCCACUAACAAAUACCAGCGUCUCUGGAUUGAGCGGAUUGAAGAGAGACUGCGGCUGACGUCGUAUACCCUGGAGAAUAUCAAGGCCGUCAAGAUGUUAGGCCUGUCGGAGAAAUUGUAUUCGAUAAUCAGGAGUUUGCGACAUGCAGAAAUUGCCACGUCUACUGUGUUCCGCAAGCUGCUGAUUGUAACUAGCACGCUUUCCAACUCCCCCGCUGAUUUGGCGCCGAUGGCAACCUUCGUCGUCUAUGUUAUCAUAGCGCUCGUACGAGACGACAAGUCGCUUCUUGCUGCACAGGCAUUCACCUCGUUGUCUUUGGUUUCAUUGGUCACAGACCCCGUCUUGACAUUUAUCCUAUCUCUGCCUGAAGUCGUUCAGUGCCUAGGAUGCUUCAACCGGAUACAAGAGUACUGCUGUUCUGAGGAGCCGGCUGACGGAGUUAAGUCGCUCCAAAAUACCCCCGUUGACAAGGUCGGUGUGUCUUAUGACCUGAAGGAGAUCUCCAAGUCCCAAAGUUCCCGCAAAGAUCUGGUUGCCUUUUCCAACCUUAGCGUCGGAUGGACCAAGAACGCACCUCCAGUCCUGCGGGACAUGACUCUGACUAUUCAGCACGGUGCCGUCACCAUGAUUGUCGGGCCAAUCGGCAGCGGAAAAUCCACGUUCCUUGAGACUAUCCUUGGAGAAUCGCUUGUUCUACAGGGGCGCGCGGACCGGGAUGCCUCCCCCAUUGCGUACUGUUCGCAGGCACCGUGGCUGCAAAGCACGACCAUCCGCGAGAAUAUCCUAGCUGGACUGCCCGUUGACACCGUAUGGUAUGACACCGUUCUGCGUGCCUGUGGCUUAGAAGGUGAUCUUGCUCGCCUCCCUCGUCGUGAUCAGACGCCAGUGGGUAGCAACGGUAUCGCGCUGAGUGGCGGCCAGAAGCAGCGUAUUGCACUCGCCCGGGCACUAUACAGUCGAUGCAGGGUGCUGCUGCUAGAUGAUGUCUUCAGUGGGAUUGAUGCAGCUACUACUGAGAUCAUCACACGAAGUCUUUUCGGCGACGGCGGCCUCUUUCAAACUCUGCAGAGCACGGUUGUGCUUGCUACACAUUCCAGUGGGAUUGCCCCGACCAAUUCCCUUUACAACGCUUGUAGACUGAUCCUUCUCGCAGCUUCUAUUCUUCAGUACGCCGACCAUCUCGUGGUCCUGACCGACGGCCACAUCAACGGAGCCGGAACCCUGCACGCCCUUCAAGCCAGCAAUAGUUACAUUCAGAAUCUCAAUGCAACACACAACUCAAAUGUGUCAGUCACCGCCAAACAGCCCGAUGACACAGUGGUGUCCCGUUCAAUAUCUACUGAACAUGAAGACCGCACAGCUGGAGACUCGGCCGACAUGGACACCGAUCACGUUGGAUCCACCGACGCUACGCGGCAGAACGGCGAUAUGGCUGUCUACGCCUACUAUGCUUCUGUAUCUGGGCGCAUGACAGUCGCUAUGACUGUGAUCAUGGCUCUCUGCUGGAGCUUCUGCCACGAAUUUUCGACUAUUUGGUUGGACUGGUGGACGGAAGCGAAUGCACAACACCCUAAUGAGAGGGCGGGGAUGUAUCUCGGCGUUUAUGUCUUCCUCAGCAUCAUCAGCGUGGUUUUCAUGGUUGCUGCUUGCUGGCUUCUAUUCGUCAGGAUUGUCUCAAAAUCGUCGCUGCGGCUUCAUGAUGACCUUUUGAAGAGUACCAUGCGCGCCCCAUUCCAGUUCUUUCACAACGUUGAUGUCGGCAGCAUCACCAACCGUUUCAGCCAAGACAUGGAUCUCAUUGACAUGACCCUCCCAAUCGAAGGCAUCAACUUGCUGUCUGCCGUCUGCAGCAGCCUCGUGAAAGUGAUUAUCCUUGCCGUCUUCGCCAAGUACCUCGCAAUCGCAAUUCCAUUCCUGGCAGUCGUCCUGUACUUGACACAAAAGUUUUAUCUCCGGACGUCACGCCAGAUGCGUCUCCUCGAUAUUGAAGCCAAGGCGCCGCUAUACACACACUUUCUAGAACUGGUUGGCGGCGCUACAACUGUGCGUGCAUUUCAUUGGCAUGUCACAUUCAACACGACAGCUCUCUCGCUGCUGAAUAUAUCCCAGAGACCAGUUUAUAUGCUAUCGUGUAUCCAGCAGUGUCUAGGUCUGGUGCUCGACCUGAUUGUAGCCGCAAUGGCGGUUAUUGUUGUUUCGACUGUCGUCUUCUUGAGGGAUCACUUCAAUGCGGGCGAUGUCGGUGUUGCACUCGUCAUGGUCAUGACAUUCAGCUCGUCACUCAUGGAGCUCAUCAAGUAUUGGACUAUGACCGAGACAUCGAUUGGAGCUAUUGCAAGAGUCAAAGAUUUCGUUGCUGCAACGGAGCCCGAGGAUAACAUGGAUGAGGAUUCAUCCUCGCGCCCGGAAUUACCAAGGUCGUGGCCAGCAAACGGCGCAAUUCAGCUCAGCGGAGUUGUAGCCUCACAUUCCAUGAGCAUUCAGCCAGGCCAAAAGAUUGCCAUCUGUGGCCCCUCAGGUAGCGGCAAGACCAGCCUCAUUCUAACUCUUUUGCGCAUGAUCCCCCUCCGUGCCGGCACCAUAACCAUCGACGACCUGGAUCUCACCGCGUACGCAGCAUCGCAGAUCCGCCCGCGCCUAAACAUCGUCACGCAGGAUCCGCUCCUCCUCCCUGGAUCAGCAGGACAGGACACCACCGUGCGCUUCAAUAUCGACCCGUUCGGCAGUGCCGCAGACGACGCCACAAUUAUCGCUGCAUUGGAACGACUGGGUCUUUGGACGACCAUUGCCGCAGCCGGCGGACUCGAUGCCGAGAUGAAGGCUACGGCGUGGUCAGCGGGACAGAGGCAGCUUCUCUGUCUUGCGCGGGCGAUGGUACGCGGGACCGCUGGUCUCAAGGUGCUCAUCUUAGACGAGGCCACGAGUAGCGUUGAUCCGGACACUGAGGCGAUCAUACAAAAUGUUCUGGAUACCGAGUUUCAAGACCAUACGGUGCUUUCUGUGCUGCAUCGGCUGCGGUACGUGGGUUGGUAUGACCGGGUCGCGGUGCUGGAGGGCGGCGAGUUGGUUGAGUUUGAUAAGCCGGAUGUGUUGUUGGCGAGGGAGGAGUCGAAGUUUGCGAGGCUGUAUAGCUCGUUGGGGGUGGGUGGUCAUUAA